AUGCCCUACGGGCUUGAUCGCACUGAAGCUUCAGACAAUGAGGAGACAUUGGACCUUGAACUUGAAGGUUUUUCCCCUGAUCCUCCCGACAAGGCUGGGAUAGGCCAACUCCUCUUUCAACUAUUUCCUGAUUCCUCAGGUGUUAAUAUUGAUAAUUUGUCAGAUUAUAUAAUUGCGAAUAAUACAAUUGGUACGGUGGUCAAAAAUCAUACUGAGGAUGGUAGUGCUGAAGAAGAUGACGAUGAUAUUGUAUUUGCUCUCACUACUGUCGUCGAUCUUUCUCCACAACAAUGUAAACGCUGGAUCGCUGGCAGCCAAAUCAAGAAUUUCGCUAAGAAGAUAAUAAAUAAUUGCUCAAAUUCCAAUUUUGCUGACAACAAAGUUGAAUUAAAUGAGAUAUUAUCAGAUUCUGGAUCGAUUCGGCCCUACUUACUAAUCAAUGAGCGACUUACUCCUCUUCCUCCAAAAGUCUGCUCUAGUUCCCUUACU